AUGGAACUUCUCCAGAAAGAUGACAUCGGCGAUACAACAGUGCCAAAGAUAUAUUCAGGAACAGUCACGUUCUUUAGGUACACAAAAGAUACGCCACCCCCGGCUUAUGCCAUAACAAAAGAAAUGGAAAACGAUGUAGCAUUUAAAAAAAUUGACUCACUCUCAUUCAAUGUGCAAAAGGGUGUUCCACCGUCACAGUCUCAAGUGGACGAGUCUUAUUCAGAGGGUGAGAAACAUUGCAUUGUUCAUCUAUCGACACACCCAGCACACGAAAUUCUUCUGCCUUCAGACUUUUCACUAGAAUUCCCAAACGCCUUUCAAAACUCCGACGCUAUAGAUAUCACUGGGUCUCCAGUCGAUAUAAUGGAGUAUUCGGUCAGCCUUGGCAUCUACGAACAGUUGCUCAGUAACGUUAUAAAAAUCACUCCAGCUGACUUCUGCCUUGUUGUGCCACUGGUAUUAACGUACAACUUUCGCGAUCAAUCAAAAUACGAUGAGGCCGUUAUAAAAUGCAGCCCAAAUGGUUUUAGUGACUGGGAAAUACUGGAAACGAUAAAGGUUGCGCAGAAAUACAAAACGUAUAUUAAGAAGUUCCAAUACUAUGCUGCAAUUUCAAGACCCGUUGUAGACCAGUUUACCAUUACUGAAUUAGCCAAAGUGUGUACCUCUUCGGUUGACGACAAUAUAUACAUUGAUGUACCUGCAUCUAGUACCGAUUGUACCAGAAACUUAAAGCUACAGGUUGUUUGCGUUGAGGAGAGCCUAGUUAGCCAAGUGAUCAAGGAGUUCGACACACCAAUAUCUAUUGAGAAAAUUGUCUCAGUUUCCGAUGACUCCAAUAAAGCGUUUAAGAAAUCAGUUCGUCUGAACAUGCCGACGGCCCCACCCUGUAUUAACAUGAAUGACGUAAGUCUCACAGUACUAACAGACAGCAAUGACGACCUCUGGAAAAAUGUGACUAAUUGGUCGAAGAGUGUGAAGGAGAACAUAUGUAUUGAUCUUAAACAUUUUUCACGGCACGCGUCUUUACGAUGUAAACCACGACUAUCCAAACAAGCUAUGCAGAUGAUCAGCAAGAGAUUGACUAAUAGGGUUAAAAUGGUCAAUUUUGUGCUACUGCAAAAUGUGGAAGAUCCAUGUAGUCUUUGUAUUGACUGUGUUGAUUCUGGGCUAUUGAAAACACGACUAGAUGAAUUAAAGGGCAAGGAUUCUAUAUCCGGUGUCUCAUUCAGCGAGGCCAAAGGUCAACUCGCUUACAGUAGAGAUAUAGAGAUACAAGAUGGCGAUAAGAUUUUUCUUAUUGUGAAAAGUGACUGCAUAGAAUGGGAGAAUGGAAAUGAUCGACGCAUGAUGUAUUUCCGCUCAAACGCCAAAAACCAUGUAAUAGACCAGGUUCGCGUGACAAAUAGACCACGAGGUCCUGAAGCUGUUGGUCGCAUGUCAUUUAACUCGUGUGUCAAGCCAAAGACAGGAGUAUCAAGAUUCAAGGAAGUUGCAGUUAGACAAGAUGUUAUACUACAUAUUGCAACUAAUUUACCAGUUGACACUUGGCAGCGUUUCGGACUCACGCUUGGCUUGACAGACGCUGAUAUUGACAACAUUUCUGCAAAUAUAAAAAGUGUUUGGGACAGAAAGUACGGCAUGUUGCGUAGAUGGCAGGAAGUACAAGGAUCAGACGCCUCAACUGGUACCAUUCUCAGAGUGCUUGAUUCAUUAGGACUCAGAAACAUGGCGGAAAAUGUAAAGAGCAUGCUCACACGCGAAGCUGACCAUACAACUGAAAACGUGACAGAUGAUAAAGUCGAUUACACAUCGAUUGUCAUGUGA